AUGGCGGGCAGAUGUUUGUAUAGUGCUCACUACCAGAAGACUGGGCAAAAAGCCGGAGAUGGUCAGCCCGAGCUUCUGACAACAGCGUCCGGGAUUCCCAUUGGAGAUAAAACCAGUUCGCUGACAGUGGGCCCUCGAGGGCCACUGCUCCUCCAGGAUUCAGUAUUCAUUGAAGAAUUAGCUCACUUUGUCCGCGAACGUAUUCCAGAGCGGGUGGUACACGCUCGCGGUGCCGGUGCUUUCGGGUUUUUUGAAGUCACUCAUGAUAUCACCAAGUAUUGCAAAGCCAAAGUGUUUGAGUAUGUUGGGAAGAAGACGCCAGUAGCUGUCAGGUUCUCCACUACAACUGGGGAAUCGGGGACUUCCGAUCUUGUCAGAGAUCCUCGUGGAUUUGCUGUUAAAUUCUAUACAGAACAAGGAAACUGGGAUUUUACUGGGAACAACACCCCAGUAUUCUUCAUAAGAGACCCCAUACUGUUUCCGUCUCUUUCACAUGCUCAGAGGAGAAACCCCCAGACACACCGUAAAGACCCAAACAUGCUAUGGGAUUUUAUGAGCCUGCGUCCUGAAACCCUACAUGAGGUCACCCAGUUAUAUACCGACAGAGGGAUUCCCGAUGGAUACCGACACAUGGAUGGAUUUUCAAACCAUGCAUAUAAACUAGUGAAUGCCAAAGGGGAGGCCGUGUAUGCCAAAUUCCACUGCAAAACUAACCAGGGGAUAAAAAACCUGUCCAAAGAGGCUGCCAGGACUUUGGCUGGAAAAAUUCCCGAUUAUGCAAUUAAAGAUCUUGAGGACGCAAUAACUAGGGGGGACUUCCCAUCGUGGAGAUUGUGCAUCCAGGUCAUGACCUUAGACCAAGCCGAGAAGAUGCCAUUUAAUCCUUUUGAUAUCACAAAGGUUUGGUUCCACAAAGAGUUCCCUUUAAUACCAGUGGGUACUUUUACAUUGAACAGAAAUCCAGUCAAUUACUUUGCUGAAGUGGAGCAGAGCGUCUUCUCACCCCAUAACUUAGUGCCGGGAAUAGAGCCCAGUCCUGACAAGAUGCUGCAUUGCCGCAUGUUUUCCUAUCCAGACGCCCAGCGCUACCGGUUAGGAGUCAAUUAUGCACAGAUUCCGGUAAACUCCCCCAUAAACUGCCAAGUAGCAAACCACCAGAGAGAUGGGUUCAUGGCGAUGGGUAACAAUCAAGGAAAUGCUCCAAACUAUUAUCCAAACAGUUUUGGGGGUCCCCAGCACAGUCCUAAGUUCCUAGAGAGCUCCUUCUUCGUGUCUGGAGAUGUCAUCAGGCAUGACGAUUCACAAGAUAACGUGUCUCAGGUGAGGAAAUUCUAUCUCGAGGUUUUAUCAGAAGACGAGCGGCAGGAGCUUUGUGAGAACAUUGCAGAAAGUUUAUCUGGAGCCCAACUGUUCAUUCAGAAGAGAGCGGUCAAGAACUUUACAGAUGUGCAUCCUGAUUAUGGGCAACGGGUGAUGGCUGAGCUGGACAAACUGGCAGCAGCAAAGAAGGCACAAGAAAAGUAAACCUCAGAGCCCUGUGUUACAGGACGUUAGCGCACACUGAGCCAUAUCAUCUCUCCAUGUUAUCCUCCCAUAGGGUUAGACCCACAGAUACUUU